AUGCGCACCUCAUUUGUAACUCUCCUGCUCGCAUGCAGCAGCUACACUGCGCUCGCGUUGCCCUCGCACGGUAGCCUCGCUAAGCGAUCGUGCGACGCCAACUGUAUUGCCCAGGGCUUCCAAUCCGGCAUGUGCGCCAGCGAGAACACCCCCUCCCUGCAACUCCUGGGCCUCGAGCUCCUCGGCCAGGCCUUGCCUGGCUGCAUGUGCAUCCCCACGAACAGCGGCUCCAGCGGCGCCACCAACGCCGCCAACGCCCCCGCCGCCAAUGCGCCGGCUGCCACGACGACCACCACUGCUACUGUAACUACCACCUCAACUGCCGUCCUGACUUCCACUUCCACCGCGACGACCACCGUCACCACCACUGCCACAGCCACUAACACCCAAGCCGCGAAUCAAGCAGCUCCAGCAGUAAACCCCCCGGCCCCGAGCACCGUCACCAGCACCGCCACCGUCACUAGCACCGCCACCGUGAUCACGACUGCCACCGAGACGGAGACGGAGACAGAGACAGAAACAGAAACGCAAACGCGCACACAAUUCAACACCCGCACCCUCACCCACUCUGCCCCUACCGCCACAACAACUAGUAAUACCUCCGAUGCAAAUGCAGCGGCUGCUCCUGCGGCCGCGGCCGCCGUUCAGACCGUGUACACGGCCACCACGACGAACCACAUCCCGUUCACGACGACAAAGACGGUGGUGGUCAAGACGACGACGACUGUUUGCCCGACCUCUUCUUAGGUUCUGUUUCUUGAUGGUGUGUGAAAGUGGAUGUCGGGUCCCUUCGAUAUGG